CUUCGCCCCUCCGAGCUGGAAAUGCAACUGUCGGGAGCUUCGGAGGCUGCGGAGCUGGACGCGGAGGCGGCUGGGGAAGUCCGAGCGAUGUGACCAGGCCGCCGUCGCUCGUCUCUUCCUCUCGCCUGCCGCCUCCUGUCGUGAAAAUAACUUUUUUUUUUUUUUUACUAUAAAGGAGAGAGAAAAAAAAAGUAGCUGCCCGCCCCUCCCGCCCUCUGUUCCUCUCAGCCCUGUGAGCCGCGAGGGAGCCCGGGGUGGCCGCUCCGCCGUCGGGGCCGCGCCGCCGAGCCCCGGCCGCCCCGGGCCGCCCCGCCCGCCGCCCCCAUGCAUCCCUUCUACACCCGGGCCGCCACCAUGAUAGGCGAGAUCGCCGCCGCCGUGUCCUUCAUCUCCAAGUUCCUCCGCACCAAGGGGCUCACGAGCGAGCGACAGCUGCAGACCUUCAGCCAGAGCCUGCAGGAGCUGCUGGCAGAACAUUAUAAACAUCACUGGUUCCCAGAAAAGCCGUGCAAGGGAUCAGGUUACCGUUGUAUUCGCAUCAACCAUAAAAUGGAUCCUCUGAUUGGACAGGCAGCGCAGCGGAUUGGACUGAGCAGUCAGGAGCUGUUCAGGCUGCUCCCAAGUGAACUCACACUCUGGGUUGACCCCUACGAAGUGUCCUACCGAAUCGGAGAGGAUGGCUCCAUCUGCGUGCUGUACGAAGCCUCGCCAGCAGGAGGUAGCACUCAAAACAGCAGCAACGUGCAAAUGGUAGACAGCAGAAUCAGCUGUAAGGAGGAACUUCUCUUGGGCCGAACAAGCCCUUCCAAAAACUACAAUAUGAUGACUGUAUCAGGUUAAGAUAUAGUCUAUGGAUGGAUCAUCUUAUAAUGGAUGGAUAAAUUUGAUUUUUGCUUUGGGUGGGCUCCUCUUGGGGAUGGAUUAUGGAAUUUAAACCAUGUCACAGCUGUGAAGAUCUGGCACAAGAUAGAGUGGUAAAAAAAAUUUUUUUUUUAAAGUGACAGUGCCAUAGUUUGGACAGUACCUUUCAAUGAUUUAAUAGCCUGUGAGUCCAAGUAAACGAUCACUUUAUUUGCUAGGGAGUGAAGUCCUAGGGUGGUUUCAGUUUCUCCCAGAUGUUAUACCGAAACAUUUUUCCCAUCAACCCCUUUAAGGCAAAUCUGUAUUUCAAAGAACCUUUCUCUGCAGUAGAUCUUGCAGAGGAAAUUUGCACUAUUACACUUGAAAAUUGUUAACUUUUUUGGCAGCUCAAUAGGAAAGCUCGACAUUUUAAACAUGGUAGUACUGGAAAUUUCGACAAGACUUUUACCUAGCACUUAAAUAUGUAUAAAUGUACAUAAGACAAACCUAGUAAGCAUGACCUGGGGAAAUGGUCAGACCUUGUAUUGUGUUUUUGGCCUUGAGAGUAGCAAGUGACCAGAAUCUGCCAUGGCAACAGGCUUUUAAAAAGACCCUUCAAAAGACACUGUCUCAACUGUGGUGUUAGCACCAGCCAGCUCUCUGUACAUUUGCUAGCUUGUAGUUUUCUAAGACUGAGUAAACUUCUUAUUUUUAGAAAGUGGAGGUCUGGUUUGUAACUUUCCUUGUACUUAAUUGGGUAAAAGUCUUUUCCACAAACCACCAUCUAUUUUGUGAACUUUGUUAGUCAUCUUUUAUUUGGUAAAUUAUGAACUGGUGUAAAUUUGUACAGUUCAUGUAUAUUGAUUGUGGCAAAGUUGUACAGAUUUCUAUAUUUUGGAUGAGAAAUUUUUCUUCUCUCUAUAAUAAAUUGUUUCUUAUCUUGGCAUUUUAA